GCAACCAGGUCCCCUGGCAGCUCAUGGUGCCCCACACCAGGGCCAUGUGGGGGCUCCUUCUCUGGGGCCCAGAUCCCUGCUGGCCCUGGGGGUUGAGGGGUUGAGGCUCCCUCAGCAUCCAAUUCCUCUCUUCACCGCCACCUCCCCACCCUGUUGGGCACCUCCUAAUCCUUUGCACACGGCCCCGGCUGCCGCCUGCCGCCAAUUAAUCCCCGCUCUGUGCGAGAGGCCGGCUGAGAGAAGCAGGAAGAGGCAGCUCCUGGCUGGAGGACGGGACGGCAUCUGAGCAGGUGUCAGGAUGUUGAGCUGGGUCCAGAGGGUGCUGCCUCAGCCCCCGGGGAACCCUCGGAAGACCAGGAGAGAGGAGGCGGGGGUGGAACCAGAGCCAGAGUUGGAGCUGGAGCCUGAAACAGCCCUGGAGGAGACGGAGCUAGAGGAAGAGUCCCUGCCACCUGCGGAGCCCUGCAAGGGGACGGAAGAGGCUGCAGCUGAUCAGGGCCCUCAGGGUGACCAGGAGGCUGCCCCUCCUCCGCCCACAUCCCUCCAGGCUCAGGUUGCUGUGGUGCCCGAAGUGAACAGCGGUCCCAGCGGCUGGGUGUUGACCUGGCUCAGGAAGGGCGUGGAGAAGGUUGUCCCGCAGCCCGUCCACAACGGCGGCGGGCCCACCCAGAGCACUGCUGCCUGCGUGGAGGGUCCAGCUCAGGCAGGAGCGCAGAUCCUUGGGCACUGCAGCACUGGGGGCUCAGAUGGUCCCCACGCGGUCCCCAGGGCCCAAGACGCUGGACCCGGGCCCUGGCUGCUCAGGUGGUUCAAGCAGAAUGUGGAGAAAAUGCUGCCUCAGCCCCUGAAAACCUCUGAGGGCUGGAGAGACGAGUCUGCAGAUGCCGCCUUGGGUCCAGAGCCCCCAGGACCCCCCUUGGAAAUGAAGCCCACGCAGCAGGCUCAGGAGAGCCCCUCCCUGCCUGCUCCCUACCCCCCAAAGCCUGAGGAGGAGCCGUCUCCAGACCCCCAGCCCGACAUCCAGGCCUCCUCCCCGCCGCUGCCUGGGGACUCUGCCAGGUUGGGGGCCUGGCUCCUGCACCGGCUGGAGAUGGCCCUGCCACAGCCAGUGCUCCGUGGGAAGGCUGGGGAGCAGGAGGCUGAUUCCCCUGUGACGUGUGACGUGCAGACCAUCAGCAUCCUCCCUGGAGGGCAGGAGGAGCCCGCGCUCAUCCUACAGGAGGCUCACCCUCACUGGGAGGAGGACGAGCAUCAGGAGGGCAGUGCCAGCCCGCAGGACUCAGAGGCAGCUCCCGCUGAUGAAGAGGAGAUCGAAGUGCUGGAGCAGGUACCCAGUCACAGUGUCCUGCUGGAUAGCUGUCUGGUGGCACAGGGUGACAAGGACCAGAGUGGAGUAGGCGGGACACAGCACCAGAGCGCCUCAGACCAGAGAGCGCUGCCCAAGAAUUUCCCCUCAUUAUCAAGACAAGCCCAGGAGCUGGGGCCUGGGCCCUGGGGCUCCUGUGUGCACUGGAUGCCCCAGAAGGAGCUGCAGGAGGUGGCUGAGGCCACCAGCUCAGGAGGCCAACCCAUUCUCUGCAUCUUCGGGUCAAGUUAUCAGGGCCUGAUGAUGUAUUUCAAAGGCUCCAGGGGAACUGCAUCGGGGCACCCCAGGACCCAGCAGACCCUGCUCCCAGCCAACCUGUCCUACCCCCCACGGCCCCCACUGGGACCCCCAGGGUCCCGCCUCUGCCUGAGACCCACCCCUGGCCCCAGCACCAUGGCUAAACCAGGCCGGGAUAUGGAGCUGAAUCACCUGGUUCAGGACCAGCCACCUGGCCAGGUGGCCCCCGGACUUGGCCCCCCAAACCUCGUGGAGCACCUCCCCAAUGUGCCCAGCUACCGCCCUCCAAUCACCCGCAUCCCUGUCCUCAUCUCCCGGAGGACGGCCUUGUCCAACUCCAACUUUGCCAAGGAGACCAGGAGCUCCAUCCGUCGCCUAGUGCCGGCCACGGAGGAGCACCCAGAAGUACUGGUGGAAGAUACGGAUGCCGACAGCCAGCCCCUCAUCGAGGAGGAGGAGAAACCACCCUCGCCCGUGCUGCCGCCCCCUUCCCCUGCCACGUCUGACACCCUCGCAGUCCCAGGAUCGGCCACAGGGAGCCUCAGGAAGAGCCUGCCCUCCCCAGACGAUGAGGCUGAAGAGCUCAAGGUGCUGUCACCAGCUGUGUCCCCUGUGGUCGCCUGGUCAGACCCCACCAGCCCACAGGGCACCGAUGCCCAGGACCGCGCAGCUUCCACCUCCAGCCAAAACAGUGCCAUCAUCAAUGACCGGCUCCAGGAGCUGGUGAAGCUUUUCAAGGAGCGGACAGAGAAGGUGAAGGAGAAGCUCAUCGACCCUGAUGUCACCUCUGAUGAGGACAGUCCCAAGCCCUCACCAGCCAAGAAAGCCCCAGAGCCAGCCCCGGACCAGAAGCCGGCUGAAGCAGGGCAGGCGGAGGAGGAACACUAUUGCGAAAUGCUCUGCUGCAAGUUCAAACACCGCCCCUGGAAGAAGUAUCAGUUUCCCCAGAGCAUCGACCCACUGACCAAUCUGAUGUACAUCCUGUGGCUGUUCUUCGUGGUGCUGGCCUGGAACUGGAACUGCUGGCUGAUUCCCGUGCGCUGGGCCUUCCCCUACCAGACGCCGGACAACGUCCACCUCUGGCUGCUGGUGGAUUACCUGUGUGACCUCAUCUACCUCCUGGACAUCACCGUGUUCCAGCUGCGCCUGCAGUUUGUCAGAGGCGGGGACAUCAUUACGGACAAGAAGGAGAUGCGCGACAACUACCUGAAGUCCCAGCGCUUUAAGAUGGACAUGCUCUGCCUCCUGCCCUUGGACUUUCUCUACUUGAAAUUCGGUGUGAAUCCUCUUCUGCGCUUGCCUCGCUGUUUGAAGUACCUGGCCUUCUUCGAGUUCAACAACCGCCUGGAAUCCAUCCUCAGCAAAGCCUAUGUUUACAGGGUUAUCAGGACCACAGCCUACCUGCUCUACAGUUUACACGUGAACUCAUGUCUGUACUACUGGGCGUCGGCCUAUCAGGGCCUGGGCUCCACUCACUGGGUUUACGAUGGCGUAGGAAACAGUUACAUUCGCUGUUACUACUGGGCUGUGAAGACCCUCAUCACUAUUGGCGGCCUGCCCGACCCCAAGACGCUCUUCGAAAUUGUCUUCCAGGGGCUGAACUAUUUCACAGGCGUCUUCGCUUUCUCCGUGAUGAUCGGACAGAUGAGAGACGUGGUGGGGGCCGCCACCGCGGGGCAGACCUACUACCGCAGCUGUAUGGACAGCACAGUCAAGUACAUGAACUUCUACAAGAUCCCCAGGUCCGUGCAGAACCGGGUCAAGACCUGGUAUGAGUACACCUGGCACUCCCAAGGCAUGCUGGACGAAUCAGAGCUGAUGGUGCAGCUUCCAGACAAGAUGCGGCUGGACCUUGCCAUCGACGUGAACUACGACAUCGUCAGCAAAGUGGCACUCUUCCAGGGCUGUGACCGGCAGAUGAUCUUCGACAUGCUGAAGAGGCUUCGCUCUGUUGUCUACCUGCCCAACGACUACGUGUGCAAGAAGGGGGAGAUAGGCCGGGAGAUGUACAUCAUCCAGGCAGGGCAGGUGCAGGUCCUGGGCGGCCCGGAUGGGAAGUCUGUGCUGGUGACGCUAAAAGCUGGAUCUGUAUUUGGAGAAAUAAGCUUGCUGGCUGUUGGGGGCGGGAACCGGCGCACGGCUAACGUGGUGGCCCAUGGCUUCACCAACCUCUUCAUUCUGGAUAAGAAGGACCUGAAUGAAAUUUUGGUGCAUUAUCCGGAAUCUCAGAAGUUGCUCCGGAAGAAGGCCAGGCGAAUGCUGAGAAAUAACAACAAGCCCAAGGAGAAGAGCGUGCUCAUCCUUCCUCCGCGGGCGGGCACCCCCAAGCUCUUCAAUGCCGCCCUGGCCGCAGCAGGCAAGCUGGGUGGCGCCAAGGGGGCCAAAGGUGGCAAGCUUGCCCACCUCAGGGCCCGACUGAAGGAGCUGGCUGCGCUGGAGGCUGCUGCAAGACAGCAGCAGCAGCUGGAACAGGCCAAGAGCUUAGAAGACGCUGCCGGAGAGGGGGGCUCAGCUGCCCCAGAGCAGCCCAGAGAGGUGGGCUCGGCCGCCCCAGAGCAGCCUGCGCCUCCAGAGCCCCCUGCCCCGCGCUCUCCAUCACCCGCCUCCCAGGGGAGGCCGGAGGGAGACAAGGAGGGCGCGGCUGGGCCGGAGGAGCACUCGGUGCGGAUCCACAUGAGCCCGGGGCCGGAUCCCGACGAACAGAUCCUGUCGGUGGAGAUCCCCGAGGAGAAGAAGGAGGAGAAGAAAGAGGAAGAGUGAGGCAGCCACUAGCGAGCUACCCCCCACCCCUGCAGGUUGCGGGCCCCC